ACCGCCACCGCCACCGCCACCGCCACCGCCUCCGACGCCAAAGGCGAGAGCGUAGACGUUGUCGGCAACUCGACAAUCUCGGCAGAAGAGCGAAACGCUUUCUGGAGCCGCUGCCUCAGCAUCAUCAACCUGAAGACGGCCGAGAUGCUGCGCAUCAAUUCGGACCCCCUUUGCUUCACCGAGUACUUUGCCGAACUCAAAUCUCACGGUCCCUCUUUCACCAAUCCUAACGUGAGACUGGCGUCCGGUAUAAAAGCAACUGACCGGCUGCACUCGCGUCUUCACCUCAUCCGACAGGAUUCACGUGAAGAUGAGCCUUCAAGCGCCGGUUGCUGCCCACGACGUCUCCCAGCCACACGGUCCUCCUGCUCGUCGUCCACUCCGUCUCGCCUAGUCAGGCCGGACUGA